UUUAACAAGUUUCGUUUUCUCUUUGCACUCCUUUUUUAUUCUCGAUUCUCUCCUCUCCCGUUAAACAAGCUCUCGCUUUGUGGUGUCCGUCCUUCUUCCAGGUUUUGGUGUCUGACGCAUGGCUUCUAAGAGGAUUUUGAAGGAGCUAAAGGAUCUCCAGAAGGAUCCUCCUUCAAACUGCAGCGCUGGUCCUGUGGCUGAGGACAUGUUCCACUGGCAAGCAACUAUCAUGGGACCUCCUGAAAGUCCGUACGCCGGAGGAGUGUUUUUGGUUUCUAUUCAUUUCCCUCCGGAUUAUCCUUUCAAGCCACCAAAGGUGUCUUUUAAGACUAAGGUGUACCAUCCAAACAUCAACAGCAAUGGAAGCAUUUGCCUUGAUAUUUUGAAAGAGCAAUGGAGUCCUGCUCUUACUAUAUCCAAGGUUCUGUUGUCGAUCUGCUCGCUGCUGACUGACCCAAACCCAGAUGAUCCUCUUGUGCCGGAGAUAGCUCAUAUGUACAAGACAGAUAGAUCCAAGUACGAGUCAACUGCGAGAAGCUGGACACAGAAGGAACUCAGGGACCUUCAGAGGGAUCCUCCUGCAAACUGUAGCGCAGGUCCUGUGGCUGAGAAGGACAUGUACCAUUGGCAAGCAACUAUCAUGGGACCCCAUGACAGUCCGUUUUCCGGAGGCGUAUUUUUGGUCAACAUUCAUUUCCCUUUGGAUUACCCUUUCAAGCCACCAAAGGUGUCUUUUAAGACUAAGGUGUACCAUCCAAACAUCAAUAGCAAUGGAAGUAUUUGCCUUGAUAUUUUGAAAGAGCAAUGGAGUCCUGCUCUUACUAUAUCCAAGGUUUUGUUGUCGAUUUGCUCGCUGCUGACUGACCCGAACCCAAAUGAUCCUCUUGUUCCGGAGAUAGCUCAUCUCUACAAGGAAAAUAAAUCCAAGUACGAGUCAGUGGCGCAAAGCUGGACACAGAAGGAAUUUCAAAAAAAAAAAACGAUUUUCAAUUUUCAGGCAAAUUCGAAUUUCCAGAACAUUCAAAUGGGUAGCUGCGUCUCUAAGGGCAAAGGAGACGAUGAUUCCGUCCAUAACGUCGAGUUUUCCGGUGGCAAUGUUCAUCUAAUUACAACAAAAGAGAGUUGGGAUGAGAAAUUAGCUGAAGCUGGUCGUGAUGGCAAAAUCGUGGUUGCAAACUUCAGUGCGACAUGGUGCGGUCCGUGUAAGAUUGUGGCACCAUAUUUCAUCGAGCUCUCAGAGAAACACCCUUCUCUUAUGUUCCUUCUUGUAGAUGUUGAUGAACUCAGCGAUUUUAGCUCAUCAUGGGACAUAAAGGCAACCCCAACCUUCUUCUUCCUAAAGAAUGGACAACAAAUAGGCAAGCUUGUUGGAGCAAACAAACCGGAGCUACAGAAGAAGGUUACUUCUAUCAUUGAUUCUGUGCCUGAAAGUCCUCAACGGUCUUCUUGACUUUCCCAGCCUUGUGUUCUGAGGUCUUCUUUUUCGCGGUGAUCAAUGGUUGUAAAAUGCAAAAAAAGUUAAAAACGUCACAAAAACAAUUGAGUUAGAUCAUCCUGUUUUAUAUAAUAUGCAUCUUUUUCAUUCUCAUUACUCAAUAUAUUAUUGACUCGUCU